GUGGGCGCCGGGGCGGGACCCGGGGGCCGGAAGCGGACGGAACUUGGGGUCCCUCAAUCGGCUCGCCAUGGACGAGGCCGACCGGCAGCUCCUGCGGCGAUGUCGGCUACGCCUAGUGGGCGAGCUGCAAGUCGCGGAGCUCUGGGACGCUUUGCUGAGUCGAGAGCUCUUCACGCGAGACAUGAUCGAGGAUAUUCAGCGUGCAGGCUCUGGGUCUCGGCGGGAUCAGGCCAGGCAGCUGGUCACAGAUCUUGAGACCCGAGGGAGGCAGGCCCUUCCUCUCUUCAUCUCCUGCUUAGAGGACACAGGCCAGGGCACCCUGGCUUCAUUCUUGCGAAGCAGUCGGCAAGCAGCCAAGCAGGAUCCAGAGGCUGUGAAAGCCCUAGACCACCUGGUGCCUGUGGUCUUGGGACCCAUGGGACUCCAGUCAAAGGGGCAGCGUGACUUGGGAAACCUCACACCAGUGGUGGUGGGACCAGAAGAGCUCUGGCCUGCUCGGCUCAGGCCAGAGGUGCCAGAGGUUCUCAGACCAGAAGUACCCAGGCCGGUGGACAUUGGUUCUGGCAGAAUUCAGGAUGUCUGUGCUCCAGGGAAGAACAGGGGCCAUGCAGAUACGGCCUACGCCCUGGAUUCGGAUCCCUGUGGCCACUGCCUCAUCAUCAACAAUGUGAACUUCUGCCCUUCCUCGGGGCUCAGCAUGCGCGCUGGCUCCAACGUGGACUGCGAGAAGCUUCAGCGCCGCUUCCGCUGGCUGCGCUUCCUGGUGGAGGUGAAGAACGACCUGACUGCCAAGAAAAUGGUCACUGCUCUGAGGGAGAUGGCGCACCGGGACCACCGCGCCCUGGACUGCUCUGUGGUGGUCAUCCUCUCUCAUGGCUGCCAGGCCAGCCACCUCCAGUUCCCGGGUGCUGUCUAUGGCACUGAUGGAUGCUCCGUGUCCAUCGAGAAAAUUGUGAACAUCUUCAAUGGGUCCGGCUGCCCGAGCCUGGGAGGGAAGCCCAAGCUGUUCUUCAUCCAGGCCUGCGGUGGUGAGCAGAAAGACCGCGGCUUUGAGGUGGCCUGCAUGUCCUCUCAAGGCAGGGCCUUCGACAGUGACUCUGAGCCAGAUGCUGUCCCGUAUCAGGAAGGCCCACGGGCCUUGGACCAGUUGGAUGCCGUGUCAAGUUUGCCCACCCCCAGUGACAUCCUUGUGUCUUACUCUACCUUCCCAGGUUUUGUCUCCUGGAGGGACAAGACCAGUGGCUCCUGGUACAUCGAGACCUUGGAUGGCGUUCUGGAGCAGUGGGCUCGCUCUGAAGACCUGCAGUCCCUCCUCCUCAGGGUUGCCAAUGCUGUUUCCGAGAAAGGGAUUUAUAAGCAGAUUCCUGGUUGUUUUAACUUCCUCCGGAAAAAGCUGUUUUUUAAAACAUCAUGAGGCUGGGGGCUGCCCUCUGCCUCAUUAUCUCCCCGAAGCCCUCACAGCCUAUAGGUGGGCCAAGGCCAGAACUGUCCUGCGAAGCAAGGAUUGUGUAACUGGGGCAGGCUGCUCUUUCCCUUCUCAGAUGCAGACAGGCUCCUAGCCGCUUCCGGUUUGGAGGGCAGUGUGUGUAGGGGUGGGGUAGGGUGGGGGAACAGAGCACCGUGGAUGUCGCCUGGCUGCUUCAUCUGUGGUUAGGACUGUGGCCUGGGACUCCCAGGCCUCUCUAGAACAGGGCUUCUCUGGCUAUGUACUACUGACUCGUGGGGUUGUAUAAUCCUGUCAGGGGACUGGCCCGUGUGUUGAAGGGUAUUUUAAGCCAUCUCUGGUGUCCACUUGCCAGCUGCCAGGAGUGCCCAUCCUGAGAUCUGCCAACCAGAAAUGUCUUCAGGCAUUGUCACAUGUGCCCUGGGGGACAUUACAGCAGCACCAUCACCACCCUCAGGCCAUUGCCCACAGGGGUCUGUGGCUGCAGACACACCAGCCUCUCUCCAUCCCAGACCCACCCACAGUCCAGCUGGCCUAGUGUGAAUACCUGGCUCUGGGCUGCGUCUCAUGGAAGUUUCCAGAAAGGUUAAUUCCUCCUUGAGCAUGUGCCUUUUGCCUGUGUCACCCCCACCCCGCUCUGUUCUUCCUACAAAGGAGACAUGCUUUUUCCUGGGCUUUUCUCUGUGUCUUCCAAAGUCCCUGUCGGAGCUCAGGAUGCGUUCCGAGGUGGGAGCCAGGAGUCCUCACAGAUCAAGUCUCCUGUCUGAAGGAUCUUGGUUACCCUAGUGGGAACAACUGGACAGAGUUCUGCUGUUCCGAGUCUCCCAGUGUCUUCCUUGCUAAGUGAGCCUGGUUCCCAGGUGGCAGUGACCAGGCAAUACCGAAGGGCUGGAAAAUGUGCCAUCCUCUGUCUUUAAAGCUGUUCUGACUUUCACUUAUUUUUCUUUCUAGUUUUAUCUGCUCUUCACUUUGUGACAAUACCCUUGAGUUUAGAUGGUAGGGGUGUGCCAAGCCUUGUUUUGUUUUUUGUUUUUGUUUUGUUUGAGCCAGGGUCUGACUUUGUAGCCCAGGCUGGCCUGGAAAUCUCCAUCCCACUGCUUCCUGAGUACGGGGAUUAUAGCUUGUCCCACAGCCCCAGGCCCCUCCUGAAAGGGUGUUGCUUUCAGGUCCCUGAGCUCAGGAUGUCAGGGUAAGAAGACAGACUCAUCCCAGGAUGUGAUUCUGAAGUCACUUUAUUACUGUUUCCUUUCUGUGGCCUUUCCAAGGUGCCGAGUUGCAGAGAUGUCUUUGCUUAGUUCUUAGCAAUCACCUGUAGGACACACAGGAGAGUGAGGAUGUUAACCUGAGUUCAGUGACUCUCAGGGCCAAGAGGUAUGGGCGCAGUUUCCCCUCCUGUUAAGAAGGGUCUUAGCCUAGAGUCCUGCUUGGGUGUCAGGCCAGGAAACCAGGAAUCGCCAAAUGUACUGAUGGGUGUGGCUUUUUGAUGUAAUUUUUUUCUUUGUUUUCUUCUGAGACUGGGUCUCUGUGUCCCCCCCCCCCCCCCUGGCUGUCCUGGAACUCACCAUGUAGACAAGAUUGGCCUCUGAGUACUGGUAUUAAAAGUGUGCACCACUACACAGGCCAAUUUGUUUCUUAAAAUUACUAUUUGAGGCACUAACUAGUGUAUGGGGUGAGGCUAUCCCUUGCUUUCCAAGACCACUUAAAAGCAGGAUCAAAUGCUUUUUUGGGGGUGUGUCUUUCUGGUGCUGGGAUGGAGCCCAGGGUCUCACAUACUAUGCACUGGUUCUGCCACAGAAGCUACACAACAACCCUUGGCGUCUUCCUUUCUUUUUUCUGAGACUGGUUUCUCAUAACUCAGGAUGGCUUCAAAGUUGCUAUGUAGCCAAGGAUGACCUUGAGCUCCUGGCCCUCCCACCUGCACCGGGGCUUGGGUUCCUUCUUCGCUUCUGACUUACAGGCUCCGUAACCCAGCGGAGCUUCGGGGUUUCUGUAGCAUGAGCACACAGAUCAGAGCACAAGCUUCUGUGUCUGACGUUGCUCACUGCAGCAGCCUGGAUGUUAAAAACAGAACCCAGAGCCAGGUGGUGGUGGGCGCGCACCUUUAAUCCCGGCACAGGGAGGGCAGGAGGAUCUUUGUGAGUUGGAGGCUAGCCUGGUCUACAGAGCGAGUUCUAGGGCAGCUAGAGCUAUACAGAGAGACCCAGUUUUGAAAAACAAACAAACAGAAAACCCCACCAGAAGCCAGAUUAAAUGUCUCUCAUGAUGUUUGUGCUGAAGACACCACCUCGCCGUUCAGAAUGACAGGUGACAGCUGAGUUCAUUAAACAAGGUAAAUGUGUCUGCGGCUUUUGGUUAGCAGACAAUCUACGCAUGUAGCUGUGGCAUUUUCUUUGCUGUUUGUUUUGAGGCUGGGACUCCCUGUGUAGCCUAGGCUGGCCUUCUUAUCACCAUGCUUGGCUACAUUUGGUUAGUUGGUUUUGUUUGAGACAAGGUCUCACGUAGCCCAGGCUGCCCUUAAAGCAAUCCUCCUGCCUCUGAUUCCCAAGUGCUGGCCAUUAUACAUCUGCACCACCAUGUCUGGCAAUAUAGGAUUUUGUUUUGUUUUGUUUGUUUUGCAUUUUUGGCUUACAUGCACACGAGGCCCAGGUGAACACAGAACAUAGAAUUCACAGUGAUUGCCUCUGUGAGGUGGGAGCAAAGGCUGAAGCCAGGGGAAUCUUCAUUCCUUAUGUGAUACGCUCCCGUGUUUCUUUUAAAAGCAAUAUUUUUAAUAAAGAGAUGUAUUCCCUUCUGAACAAAACAAUAAAGCUGUGAUUGCUGAAGGCU